AAGAAAGAGCGAGAAGCAAUGGAGGAAGAGGAGAGAAAAGAAAGAAAGAAAGAAAGAAAUUUCACAACGAAGACUGAGAGAUAAACAAUAAAAACCAGCUCCCCAUUGAAGCACAAAGCGAGAAGAAAAAGAAAAAUAAAGUCUUUUUGUUUGUGUUUUCAGAGAGAAAGCAGAGGACUUGAUAAAGAAGAGAGAGUUGUUUUUGUUCUUGCUGUUGUUUAUCAUGAGAAUCUUCUCAUGUUUUCUUCUAUAACAUAACUUAACAUGUAUGGAGAAGGAAGAGAGGAACCAGAGAGCUUGUAAAUCAUCAUCAUCAUCAAUGGAGCCGGAAUUUUUCUUACAGUGGGGAAACAAGAAGAGGUUAAGAUGUGUGAGAGUCAAGGACCCACAAAAGCUCUCACAGAAAUCGAACGGCGUAAUUCGCCGGAGAAUCACAAGAAUCGAUCGAUGUUUGGUCACUGCCUCAGACAAAGAAACCACAAGCCGUCUCACUAGGAAUUCUGAGGCUGCAAUACUCCGUUCAGGUUCAAAUGAGAAUCGAAAAUCAUCUUCGCCUGAGAAGGAAGAUAGGUACUACACCACGAGAGGAUCAGUGGUUGGUGAUGAGAAUGGCAAGGUUCCUGUAGAUACCAACAACGGAGAGGACAAUAAAUUGGUUGUUUGGCCGAAGCUGUAUAUUUCUUUGUCGAACAAAGAAAAAGAGGAGGAUUUCUUAGCUAUGAAAGGGUGUAAGCCUCCUCAAAGGCCUAAAAAGAGAGCUAAGAUUAUUCAAAGAAGUUUACUUUUGGUGAGUCCUGGUGCUUGGUUGACUGAUAUGUGCCAAGAGAGGUAUGAAGUUAGGGAGAAGAAGAGCUCUAAGAAGAGACCAAGAGGAUUGAAAGCCAUGGGGAGUGUGGAAAGUGAUUCAGAAUGAGGAAGGUUUAUAUGAAGUUAAUAGCAGCAGCAGGGCCACUUUGCUUUGAAAUUUUUGGAAAUUUGUAUUCUGAUUUGAGUGCUUGGGUUGUUUUAAGAUUUAUUUUUAUGUUAGAGAAUUGGGAGAGAUGAAAAAACAACACUCUCUGCUGGGUUUGCUGUAUAGAAGUAACAUUUAAUUUUUAUCAAUGAGAAAAAUAAUUAUUUCUUUUUUCCCUCUCAUUCUAUUA